CUGCCAGGACUUGGCUCCUCAGUUACGAUGGAAACUGUUCUUUGGAACAGAAGGGUUUUGAUCCCGCGAGAGCGAGCGGUGCUUGGUGCAAAUAUUGUGAACGGAUGGAAGCCUAGAGGACCAAUCACUGCGACAAGGAGGCAGGAACAAUGGGGGUAAAAGGUCGAACGGAAGUUCCCGAAGCUUCCGGUGGCCGGUUUGAGUGCGAGCUAUGGCUAAACAUCACCCGGACUUGAUCUUUUGUCGCAAGCAGGCUGGUGUUGCCAUCGGAAGACUGUGUGAAAAAUGUGAUGGCAAGUGUGUGAUCUGUGACUCCUAUGUGCGCCCCUGCACUCUGGUGCGCAUAUGUGAUGAGUGUAACUACGGCUCUUAUCAGGGGCGCUGUGUGAUCUGUGGAGGCCCUGGAGUCUCUGAUGCCUAUUAUUGUAAGGAGUGCACCAUCCAGGAGAAAGAUAGAGAUGGUUGCCCAAAGAUUGUCAAUUUGGGGAGCUCUAAAACAGAUCUCUUCUAUGAACGUAAAAAAUACGGCUUCAAGAAGAGGUGAUUGGUGGGUGACCUCUUUCUCCCCUCAUCAAGUUGCUGCAGCUGCCAGAAAAGACACCUACUACUGCCAACAAAAAGGAAGCGGAGUGCAGAACAUCGCCCGAACCACCUGUUAGUAUGCUGGCACCUUUCCACCCUUUCCUCUCCUCUCACCCAGAUAUGGUGGCAGGAAUGGAAAAGGAUUCCUCACAGAGUACUCUGGCAGACUGUAUCAGAGAAAAAAUGAUAGGUUCGGUCAUGGUUUUUCUUGAAUUCAAGAAGCAAGACUAUUUUCCACAUUGAUAAGUUCUCUCCACCCCAGGAGCUUCUAAGCUUCUAAAACAGGAAUAAUAUCACUUAAGUGUUCUUUUGUUUAGUGUUUUCUUGACUGUAACCUACCUGUGCUCUUACAGCAGCUCUAAUGGUAGUUGUCUUUGCUGAAACAUCAGUGUGGUAGGGAGCUCUCAGAAUAAUAAAUGUGGGCGUUUAAUCUUGUAACACCAGGUGGUGCUGGUUCAUGUUAUUUUUCUUCUAAGAAACUGGAAACCCUUUCUGUUGCCAUUGUAUUAAUAAAGUAGGUGUUUAUUUUCUGGUAGUUGAUCACCAUUCAAUUUA